AAUGCUCCAGUGCAGUGAUGGGGACACUGUACUAUAGAUGAGAUGCUGUCUUGCGAAUGAGAACUUAAACCAAGGUCUUGACUCACUGUGGUCAUUAAAGCUCCACUCUUCACAAAGAUUGGGGUUCCCCGGUAUCCUGGCUAAAUUCCCUACCCUGGCUCUCUCAACCUGCCCUCUAAUCGUCCCCUGAUUCAAUUGGCUGAUCCUCUUCACCUCUUCACCUCAUCAGCUGAUGUGUGGUGUGUGUGUCUCUUCCCAGUCGAACGUGCUGAACAGCAUUGUGGGAGAGACGGUCACGCUCCCAGCCGCAGUGAAGGACACCGGCUUCUUGCUGAAAGCUGGCAGUGGAAUAGCGACAGUAGUCAGUCACUCCUGCCAGAUCACCAACUACAGCUACAGUGCCCGGCUGCGGUGGGACCCCAGCUCUGGGCUCUUCUCCCUCAGGGGCCUGAGGACAGAGGACUCUGGGGACUACACAGUACAGGACAGCGGUGCCAACUUAAAAACCUUCCACCUGGAUGUGUGGGACCCAGUACCCAGACCUCAGGUGUCCAGCAGGAGCAGGGUGAAACCCAGCUGCAGUGUGCUGUGCUCUGUGGAGAAUGGGAGAGAGCUCACCCUGUCCUGGCACAGAGAGGGGCAGAUACUGUCCUACACCAGCAGCUCCAAUCUCAGCACCCCCCUGUCCCUCCCUCUGGAGAUAGAAGAGAACAGCGCCCCCUACAGCUGCGUGGCUGAAAACCCAGCAAGGAAGGAGAUAUUCCUAGUCAAACCUGAAGAGUACUGCUAUGAAUCUGUGUGGAAGCCUCAUAUAAAGACCUCAGCAGCACAAGGGGGCAGGAGCUGCUCACUGCAGUGCUCUGUGCAGAACGGAAGAGAGCUCACCCUGUCCUGGAGGACAGAGGGGGAGACACUGUCCCACACCAGAGACCCCAAUCUCAGCACCCUGUCCCUCACUCUGGAGAUAGAGGCGUCCAACUCCACCUACACCUGUGUGGCUACAAACCCCGUCAGUGAGGAGAGAACAGCCUUCCUCCCCACACAGGUCUGCGGGCAAGAGGGUCACUGUCCCCAUGAUGCAGUGCUGUAUGUAAUGUUUGUGUUGAGGCUGGUGGAGUUUGUGUUGGUGACUCUGGCAGUGUUUCUGUUAAUCCAUCUGCAUUAUAAAGUUCUCACUCAAAACAGGUAACUACCCCUAUCAUGACUCCAGUCACACACCCACACACACACACACACACACACCUCACACACUCACCCACCCACCCUCACACACACACACACACUCACACACACACCCACACACUCACACCCUCACCCACACUCACACACUCACACACACACCCACACACCCACACACACACACACACACACACACACCUCACACACACACCCACACACUCACACCCUCACCCACACACACUCACACACACACCCACACACUCACACCCUCAUCCACACUCACACACUCACACACACACACACACACACACACACACUCACACACACACCCACACACUCACACCCUCACCCACACUCACACACUCACACACACACACUCACACACUCACCCACCCACCCUCACACACACACACACACUCACACACACACCCACACACUCACACCCUCACCCACACUCACACACUCACACACACACACACACACACACACACUCACACACUCUCACACACACUCACACACACACACACACUCUCACACACACACACACACACACACACACCCACACACUCACACACACACACACACACACUCACACACACACUCACACACUCACACACACACACACACACACUCACACACACACUCACACACUCACACACACACACACACACACACGCACCUCACACACUCACACACACACACACAUGCACCUCACACACACACACACACACACCCACACACACACACACACACACACUCACACACUCACACACACACACACCCUCACACACGCAUAUAUACACACACACAUGCACUCACUGUAAGGGUCAUUUUCUCAAUUGAUUCUUAAUUGACAAUGUGUGUUAUCAUAACGACAAUCACAUGAUUACAAAUAACCUUUUAAUUCUGGUCUUACAGCAAGGUCAAGGAGACAAAAUACUGAUAAAUGUUAGUGGCCAGCUUCAUGUCUUUUUGUUUUGGUAAAACCCCCCUUCUGGAAAAGUGUGUAUAAGAGUCUUACUUUGUCUGAUUCAAAUCAGAAAGCUGGUAAGCUUUCUCACUUUCUGUUAUUUCUUUGCAAAUAAAUACAAAAAGUAUA